AUGUUGCGAUUUUCCUGGCUGCCCAAGACCCCCGCUGAUGUGAACGGCACGGCCACCAUCGACAUUCCCGACAACUUCUGGGCCGACAUGAUCGACAUGUCGAUGGGCUUCUGGCGCUACCCUGGCUCGCUCACCACCCUCGAGUGCAACGAGAUCGUCGAGUGGCACGUCGUGCGCAAGGCCAAGUUCCUCUCCUUCGCCCAGACCAUAACUUUCAUGAACAUGCUGGCGAAGCAAAACACCGAGCGCACUGACAACCGCCUCCCCGAGCCCGUCAAUGGCCGCACCGUUACCUACUACACCACCGUCUCCUCUUAG